AUGGCUCUCUUCCCCAAGCUCUUCCUCGCCAUGCUGUUCCUAACCAUCUUGGCGUUGGCGGUGGUCCCUGAUUUUACGGAGGCCCGGACCGUGGCGCAACAACUCCAGCUGGUAGAACGGCUGCAGUCCGACGGACUGAAGGUGUGCUGGGACUCGCUGAUGGAGCUCAGAUCGUGCACCGGAGAAGUCAUCCUUUUCUUCCUCAACGGCGAGACGUACCUGGGACCGAGCUGCUGCCGAGCCAUUCGGGUCAUCGUGCAUCACUGCUGGACCGCCGAGGUCAUGCUUGCUGCCCUUGGUUUCACGCCCCAGGAAGGCGAUGUGCUUCGAGGGUACUGCGACGCCGAGGCUUCUGCGGGUGCCUCUCCUCCGCCGCCACCGCCGGUCGCUUACGCUCCUCUACCGGAGCACUUGGUGCACUAG